AGGCUUCUAGAGAAGAAAGUCCGUGAACUGAUGGCUGAGCGUGGUGAUACCCAGGCUUACUACUACCGACCCAUCUUGACCAAGUACCACCACAUGGUACGAGAGCAGUACCAAAACCUGAAAGAUACUAGGGGGCUCUAAGUAUUGGAUUCAUCUACUCAGAACAUGUUAUUUAUUAUAAAAAAAUUGUUAGUGAUGUGGUAAACAGGGGAGAAAACACCAGUUAGUUAUGUUCCCAGCUAAAGAUGAGUUAAAGAUAACGCUUUCAUGGUUACAUCAUAGACAUUGUAACAUGGCAAAUUUGAGUGAACUAGCAUUGUUCUUAGAGAUAAUGCAUUUUUUCUCUAUAUGGAUUGUAUAAUGUAAAUAAAGAUAUUGUAUGUUUUAUUAA